GUGUAAAUCAUUAAGAAAGAAAAUACCAAUGAGCAUAGUCAAAAGCAAAAGGAAAGAGAUUGUACAGAGAGCAGAGAGCACUCCACAGCAGUUUGGAGAUAUCUCAAUGAUCUUGAGCUAUGAAGGCAUCAGCAAGAUCCUUCCAGGACUUCCAAGGUCUAUGAAGGAAAUGCACCGACAAAUGAACACCCUCUUUGGAAUCAAGACUCCUGAGCUGUUCCGAUUGUUCAUGAUUGACCAUCAAGGUGAUAAGAUUGAGAUUUACAAGAACAGAGAUCUCAAAUUGGCCUACAAAACUACCCUUAGCAAUGAUCUGAACUCAAUGAAGAUUUUUGUUUGGAGAAGAGACGCUCCAGGACCAAAUGUUAAUUCUUUUGCACACCUAAAUCAGAAGAAAGGAGGAUGGAAUUUUGCAGCAUUAACCAAUUCAUUUGAAACAGAUAGUAAGAGAGGACUCGAUCUCAAACCUAUCGUUACAAGAGAUCUUCAUAGAUACUAUCUUCACUGAAAGUAUAAAAACUAUGUUUACUAUAAAUGAGAAAAUCAGUCUAAUCUGAACUGAGAAGGAAUUUGGAGGAUCAAUCUAGAAUCAGAUUCAGAUUGUGGAGAAUCUUUCAAAAAGCACUCUGCAAGAUUUGAAGAUCAUACCUACACAAUGGAAGUGCUUCAUCAAAGCCGACUGUUAGAAGACCAGAUUUCAUCAUUCAGGGAGGAUCAUUCCUUGAGUAUCUCCAUCCCUAUCCAAUACCAAUUCCAGAACAUUUCAGCACUUCGUCCUGAUGAAGUAAGGGCUCUGAAUGACAUAAAGACUUCAACCAUCAAGAUCAUCAACGACAAUCCGAAUAUAAACCGAAACGAUUUCAUUGCUUUCCUGACUAAGAACCCGAACUUCUUCAACAUAAUGCAGACGCAGUUAGCCAUCGUUGACCACCUAUUUGCUGACUGUCAGAAGCAAAUCCAGUUAUUCAAAAAGAAGGAGAACCACUUUGAGGAGCUCAAGAAUAAGCUUCCUGAUAUUUCUAAAGUUAUCAACCCCAUAUUCAGUCUUAUUCCGCUCAGCUUUGAUGUUCGCAAAGUCAAGAAUAACAACAACAUGCAGUUUGGAAGAUAUGCUAAUGCAGUAUUGAAUAAAGGAACCUGAACAGUCAAUGGAUUCGUCAGCUUCGUCUCUGAGUAUGGAAUUGGGUUCCUCAAAGCUGGAAAGGAAGCCCAAGAAGGUAACUUUCUAAUCAACAUGCAAGAGCUGGAAAUUGGAGCUCAGAAAUUGAAGCAUCUCAUGACUUUUAUGAUAAGAACAGGCAAAGAAUUCAGACCAUUCUUGUAUGUCCUGUGAAGCAAUUUCUUGGAGGAUACUCUUGAAAGAGUGUUUGAUUGGAUUAAAGAUGAGCUCUGAGAAUUUUUCACUCCCAAAAGUAUAACUACUGAUAUCAACCCAAUCUUUACAAAAAUCAUAAAUAGAAAGUUUAGUGACUGAAAAGUGUAUGUUUCUCAUCAUAGUUUUGCUUUUGACCUUUGGAAGAUGGCUGAUAAUCUUGAACUAGUGGAUAGAUUUGCAACGAAUCAGGAUUUAGUAGACCUCAUCGAAGACUUAAAACUUCUUCCAUACCAAGAUAUCGAAGAGGCCAAAAAGAAAUAUGCAGAACUCAAAUCAGAACACUGUUCCAAGCCUACCUACAACAAAACAAUGAUUAGUGAAUUCUUCCAUGAGUUUAAUGAAAGAUACCUUGUUGAAGAAGUCAUGAAAUUCCUCAACAACCACAAAAUCACUGAAGACACUGACCUUUUCCUAUGUGCUAACUCCGCCUCUGAGCAGAUCACCAAGCUUCUGCGUCGGAAGACGCGUAUCAUCCUGAGUAAUCCGAAUCCUAAUCCAUUGAUCUCUCGGAUACAAGAAUCAGUGAAUUUCCUGAAAUCAGUCGAACAUGAAUACCAGUCUUCAAAGAUUCAGUUCACGAAGAUAACCUUUAACGAAUCUAUGAAUAAAGUAGGACCCAAGCUGAUCUCUUAUGCAAGAGAAUGAUAUAUUUGAGCCCUCAAAGAUAAGGCCGUUAACUACCCAGUCAAAGUCAAGGCUAAAGAAGAAGCUCACCCACAAAUAAAAAUUCAAUAAUUCUUAAACUCCUC